CCUCUACUCAAAUUUGAACGGCUGCAGAUGGAGAUGAUUUUGAUUUUCUUGUUCCUAGUCCUGCUCCUUCACUCUAUGGACGGGAUCGAAAAACCUUAACUGAACAGUGGAACGUGCAGUGAUGAACAUUUUUUUGACGAGGCAUGACAAGGCAAUGCGGUGAUCAAGCUCAUUAAUCAAUUUGGUUACGCGGAUCGUGAUCGUGUCGGAAGAUGUAGUAGGACUACAAGUCCGAAAAUAUUGAUGUAGUAGGUAUUCCUGUCGUCCUGAGGUGAACAUGCACGUGAUUUCGUCGGCUCUCCGUUUGAUUACAACAUCUUCUAGUAUCCCUUUCCCUAGAACAAAUCUGAGAACAAGAUAGGCGUAGUUUGCUAUUGCCAGUUCUCUCUGCACUCUUUGUCGACCUAGCGUCCCAAUCAAGAACGAUGGUUCCGUUUGUUGGAAGGCGUGCUGCUCUGCUUUCUGUGUUAGGCUCGUGGUCCCAAAACAGUGCGCUGCUCGCACUGGCGGAGGACGUAAAACAUGUCGACGCAACUGAGUCUCAAGCACAGGUGGGUGAGGUAGACGAUAACGUCGGUAGCGAGGGUCAGAAGGAAGCACAUGUAGAUGAUGACGACGAUGAUGACUUGAAGGACGAUGUGUUCGAUGAUCCGAAGGUAUAAUUAAGCCAAUAAUACGAACGUGACCAGUUACGGCCGUGACCCUGAGAUGAUUCACAUCCUUGUCUUUAUGGUCGCUUAUAUUUUUCAACAGCGACUUUUCUCUCGUCGUAGUUCUUUCAACCAGCAGAGAAGUUGUCAUUGAUGAUUCCUUUUUGCAUGACAGCUACAGCAUUGAAAUACAAUUAACUUCAGGAAGCAGUAAUCGCCUUAACAGACGCUACCUUCGAUAAGUUCAUAAAGGAGAACGAGCGGGUCUUAGUGGAGUUUUACGCACCAUGGUGUGGACACUGCAAGUCUCUUGCGCCCGAAUAUGAGAAAGCUGCUCAAACUAUGGCAGCAAAGGGACUAAAAACGAAGCUUGUCAAAAUUGAUGGCACAGAAGAGAAGAGCCAAAUUCAGAAGCAUGGUGUCGAGGGAUUCCCAACGAUGUUCUAUUACACCAGCGGGGUAAAAAUAUUACAUCUACUGCCUAUUAGUGUUAGACUUAGAGUUAUACCUCAACAUCUUCGUUCUCGUUGUAAUGUUGAAUCGUCGUAUUUAUUUCAUGUAUGACGCGUAGAAGUAGAAUUAAUUUCUAAACAUCUGCAUUCAUCAGGAAAAAGUCGAGUACACGGGACCAAGGAAAGCCGAUGGUAUUGUGAGGUGGUUAGAAAGUAGGGAGAAAGAUGCGGUUGAAGAAUGCAGCCAACAGCAGAUCGACGAAGAACUCGCAAAAGAUGCCAGUGUCAGUCCAAGUACUGUUGUUGACCCUAUUGUCAUCAAAUAUAAGAGAGUACAUACUUUCUAUUUCUAACUAGUCAAGUUUCUUGAUGACUUAUAAACAAGUCUCUUUCGAGCGAGGCUACAUUCCUUUUUCGCCACGCUGACGCGCAUAGCGUUCUGGCUGAUUGCAGCCGUGAUAUAAGGAGGUUAAUGUACUCCACCUGCCGCCAGUUUGCGAACUGGAUAACACUGCGGCCACUCUUCUAGCAGCCCCGGUUUGCGAACCGGAUAAAGCUGAGGCCGCUCCUUCAGUAGCCCCGUGAUACUAGGCUAGUGCUCCCUCAACAAUGAAAAACGUGUUGUACUUCGGGCCUUACGCCAGUAGGCACUUAUUUCUGGCUGUUCACUUGUCAUUUGGGCGUAGGCACUUAUUUCUGGCUGUUCACUUGUCAUUUGAUUGCGCAUUAGUCAAGAGUUAGCAGGGUUGGCAUCCCCUGCGCUCGUGCCUUGAUGGUAGGCGUAUAAGAGUGGGACGGUUGGCAGCCGGUCGCGGUUUAUAUCAGACUCUUAACUCACCUCCUUCACCCCUAGGGUUCAUCCGUUUAGAGUCGGCGGGUUCGUAGGCAAUUAGUGCGCAGUAUUAUAAGGAGGUAACCGGACUCCACCCGCCGCCGGUUUGCGAACCGGAUAAAGCUGAGGCCGCUCCUUCAGUAGCCCCGGGAUCCCCCAAAAAAAAAAAUGAAGCGCGGCCCCCUGAAAUCUGCAAUCGCGCAUGCAUUAAUUAGACCACUUGUCACCUGGCGUGAUUCCUCUACUUGUGUCAAAAAAAAGUGAUCUAGCUACAACAUCCAUCCACAGCAAAAUUUGUGCUCGUGGCGCGUGUGGCAUCGAAAAAGAGCGGAAAGGCGGUCGCAGUAAAGAAGGCUAUGUCAAAGCUAGUGUCCGCAGAAAAAUCGGAACACGUAAUGGCGUGCUACGUCUUCCUCGAAAAGGGUGCGGAUGAGAAAAAGAACGCGCGAAUAGAGAUCACGCGUAAGCUUGCGGUGGUCGAAGAUGAAAAAAUUGCGACAUUCACGAAGGGGCCAUGGUCGGCUGGGAAAGUGGAAACCUUUAUUAAGGAGUCCUUUUUCCCUACAAUCUCGAAAUUGUACUACCCUUUACAUUCUGUUGUUCUCCUGUUGUUCCUCAUCUGUACUACCUGUUUUUUACCCUCGCAUCAAAUAUAAGAUACGAACAUUACUUUCGAUGAUCGAUGAUGCUAUGAAUGUGAGGAUAACGAUAAGAAGAAAAUCAUGCUUUCUCCGUAACACGCUUAUUUUCUUCAUCUUGGUUUUGUUUGAUUAACAACAACGACAUCUUCAGCGAUGCCCGCUUUUUCGACAAUGACGACUACAUGGAGUCUGUUGGUGGAUCAGCAGCUUUUAUCUACCAGACGGAGAAGGAUAGUUUGUCCGAAGCCGAACUGAGUGACCUCAAAACUGCGGUCAAGGCUCACAAAAACGUGAAAUUCGCCAUAAAGUUGGGAGAGAAAGAUGCGAAAUUCAUGUCACAGAUCCUGGCUUUCGGCGGAGAGAAAAAAUUGAAGUACGAAUCGAACGACAAAAUCAAGGACUUCCUUGCAGCGUGGAAGAAUGGAAAAGUCAAGCCAAGUUACAAGUCUGCGCCAGUGCCAGCAGUAUUAUUCAAUCGUUGAUCUUAGUUCAACAUAAAACUGAACAACAAGUGGCACCGGUACUAAAGACUAUUGAAUAGGAGCACAUGAUGAUCCUCGCUUGUAUUCCCUCAAGUGCAAUAUAAACGUAGUGACGCUGAUCUUCUGACUGCCUACGUCUUCAAUGUCAAAUCCAACAUCGAAAAAACUACCACAGGAACCAUAUGACGGCAACGUGCGGGUUCUUGUGGGCAAGAAUUUUGAGGAAGUAGCGCUUAGCUCAAAACAGGACGUUUUCGUGGAAUUCUAUGCUCCAUGGUGUGGACACUGCAAGAAGCUCGCUCCCGAAUGGGAGAAGCUCGCGAAGACUGUCCGGUCUUGGGAUCCAGAGGGCAAGAAAGUCAUCGUCGCAAAGAUGGAUAGCACCGAGAACGAAUGCGCAGAAGCGGUACUUUGCCUUGUUACGUUUAUUUGACUUCCGUCUAGUGGUAAUACAGGACUCGUCUGAGAGUAGUUCAUACAACAAUUUGUAGGAGCAUCUAGAUCUUUUGCUUGCUGCAUAGCCAAGAAUGGGAGGUUAUGAAUGGGUUAUGCUGGGAACGAUACUCCGUGAGUGAGAAAAAUAUUAAUGGCCUUGUCUGACUACAUGUUAAGUUUUUGGUGCAGUGUAUGUUGUAGAUGAAGCACGACUCUACGUACACCUAGUACGGUAGCACAGACUUCAUAGAUGACAUGUGAUUGCCGUGGAGAAGAUUUUGAAGGUGAAGCCCGUGAGUGAGCAUCUACUACAUCAGUUUUGGGCGGAGGACGAAGAUGAACAUCAUAUUUCUUUUUAACGAUUAUUACACAGCUCUUCUUCAAAAAAUGGUCGAUCUCAAUUUCAUCACUGAACUACAGGUUCAAGGUUUUCCUACUGUCGUUUUGUAUCCGGCGGUAAAGAACAGUCUCAAGAAGCGUGUUUUGUUCAGUGGCGCAGCGCGAACGGCGGAUGCUCUGCUGGAGUUUUUGCAGGAAGCCGCCACAAAUAUGGAGGACGUGGAUUUGAGCGACCAGACGGUGGUUGACAAGUCACAGUUUUCGAUGGUUGACCGAGAAAUGCACAAGAAGAAAUCAAAGGGGAGCAAAAAGAAGAAGACUGAACUCUAGCUGGAAGAAUAUGGGACUGGAAAGUCACGAGAAAGUAGUAGUCGUGGGAGUAACAACUACGACGAAUAACAAUAAAUCCGUACGAAAAGCCGGGGGCUGAUAUCAAUUAAGGUAUCAGUUUAUAUGAGCAGAAAAUGAAAACCUAGUCAAGAAUUCGAAAGAAAGCAAAAUAUUACAAAUAGUAGUCGUGUGAUGAUAAGAGUACAGAAUUCAAAAUAGCAGUGUCGAUAAAUAGGAUGCCUUCUCCUGCUCAUAUACUACAUAUGAUAAGAGGUUGAGUCAGGGUCAGCGACCUAUCGCAUUUAACUUUGUUGUGUCAACACUAUGAAAGAGAAUUAACAGUCUAUCACACCACGUCAUGGGAUAAUAUUCAGAAACAUUGCUGUAUGAGGUAAUUAGUCGUAUGUUGUACAAUUUUGCGCACGCUGCCAGGGAGGACGGCACGAACAUCCUUACGAAGCGAAGAACCGCUUCUAGUACCAUUAUCAUAUAUAACAUGAUGGUGUAUUGGGUGUGUAUGAAGCAUAUUGAAUACACUGCGUUCUACACGAUUAAAGCUUAUUAAUCAUUCAAAGAAUUUGUGUGUCUAUUUCCAAUACAUAGCAAUACUGGUGGACGUAAUCUGAUGAUGACAUCAUUGAAAUAAAGUAAAAGUAUAUCUAGCUGCAUCUUUCACACGGGAAGUGAAGAAUCGUCGUGGACCUAGCACGUGCGCUCCUCCUGCUUCGGCACGGGGCUUCACCAAAAACCUUAACCUUCACUAUGAAAUUAAUGGAUUCAUAAUACCGUCGUGGUCAGCAUCGAAUUCAGAGUUUAGCAUUUGGACAUCGAGGUCGAUCAUCUUAU